AUGCCUAACUUGACGACAUCAAAGAACGAUCACAAUGGUUCAAUUACUGACAAAUCUGCAUCGUGUGUUAAUGAAUUAGCCUCGCAGCCGAGAGAUGAAGAGAAACGACCGACGCUUGAAAAACCUCCGAAGAAGAAUUCAACAGUGCAAAAUGUAUCGCCCAAGUUCUCUACUCCAGAAAACAAAAGUAAAGGCCUGGAAUUUGCUCCUCCUGUAUCACCGAUCCAAAGGACUGCGAACUGCUCUACGCCACCAUCUGGGAAUUCACCUUCUUCUGGCGGGUUUAAAGGCUUUGCGAUCGAUCCUAUGAGUCAAACUUUUCUCCGUAUGCCUCAUAUGUAUCACAGUCUCCAAGCGCAGCUUCAACAAAGCAGCUCACCUAAAGUCAAACGACCAAUGAAUGCAUUUAUGAUCUGGGCGCGGCUAUACCGCUCAACAAUCGCCAAACGUUAUCCGAACGCGAACAACGCAGAGAUCAGCGUUAAGCUCGGCGAGAUUUGGAACGAGUUAUCCACGGAACAACAGCGGCCUUACUUUGAUGAAGCUACCCGCUUGAAAGAAAAGCACAGAACAGAACAUCCAAACUGGGUCUAUCAACCAAGGCCAUCAAAACGACGGCUAACGUUCAUGACGGCGAAUGAUCCAAGCGGGAUGCAAUACAACAAGUCUUCUUACAAUUAUCACCCAGUUCACGGUCCUCAAUCGGAAAGUGGAACUCUUUCUUUGCCUUCUCAGACAGUGCGCGAAAGAGCAAACCCUUCUUUUUGCUAUUCUCCGCGGAGUCUCAAAGAAGCACUGCACCUGCCGCAUUCGCAUCGAGUGUCUUCUGACAUUAACAGAUUUAUGGAGAAUUCAAGAGGUAGUGGACUCUCCUCUGCCAUUGAACACAGCCUCUUCCCAGGAGAAGAAAGAAAUAUCGCGCGUGGUAAAGAAAAUACCUUUAAUGCCGCGAGAGAGCAGCAACAGGCCGUGGAUUGGCUGAAGGUGGACGCGGCAAAAUUCGAGGAAGAGCACCUAGUUGCGCGACGCGCGCGGGAGAACUGCAUCGUUAACGACGCCAUGCUACCUACUGUCAAUCAAGUCAACGACGAACAGGAACAAGUGGCCAAGAUUAAACAAGAAAUGGAUAGUGAUGGUAAUGACUUGGAUAGGUACCUUGCAGGUUUGGAUGAAACGAUAAAAGAAAGUCUGGAAAAACUGAAUGAUGUACCUGAUGAGCUCGAUCUACUUGAUGACGAAAGUAUUGACAUGUUGAGUGAUAUAGAGGAUGAAGAUUAA